AUGGCGCCUUACUUCGGUCUCAAGGGCGGCUGGCUCACCUUCUGGGUGACGGUCGCCUGUGCAACUGACAUGACUUUGUUCGGCUAUGAUCAAGGCGUCUUUGGCGGCGUUGUUGUGACGCAAGAUUUCCUCGACACUCUGAAUCUCAACGGCAAGACGACACUGAUCAGUACCGUCACGGCUAUCUACGACAUUGGCUGCUUCUUCGGUGCCAUUAUUGCCUUUAUGAUUGGCGAGAAGCUGGGCCGUAAGAAGAGUAUUCUGCUGGGCACUACCGUCAUGUCAAUUGGUGCCAUCAUCCAAAUCGCUUCAUACGGUGUGCCGGAGAUGAUUGUCGGCCGUGUCAUUGCAGGACUCGGAAAUGGUAUCAACACAGCUACGGCACCGGUCUGGCAGGGCGAAACAUCCAAAGCAAGUUGGCGCGGCAAGCUCAUCGUCAUUGAGAUGAUUAUGAACAUCGCUGGCUUCUCUUUAUCCAACUGGGUCACAUACGGCUUCUCGUUCGUGGGCGGAUCCGCCUCGUGGCGCGUCCCGCUGGCCGUCCAGUUCAUCUUCAUCUUCAUCCUAUACGGCACCACGCCUUGGCUGCCCGAGAGUCCCAGAUGGCUCAUCGCCCGCGGGAGGAUCGACGAAGCGGAGCAGAUCCUCGCCGACCUGGAAGCCCUAGGCAUCGACGACCCGUACAUCAUCACGCAGUCCAAGGACAUCCAGUGGGCCGUCAACUACGAGAAGGAGAACGCAGUACGGUGGCGCGACCUCGCGCGCGGCCGCACGGGCAAUCAGGGCGGCACCUGUACCAUCCGGCGGCUGGUGCUGGGCAUGGGCACGCAGGCCAUGCAGCAGCUGUCAGGCAUCAACGUCACGUCGUACUACCUCACGUACGUGCUGAUCGAGUCGGUGGGACUGAGCAACAACCUGGCGCGCCUGCUGGCGGCGUGCAACUCGGUCAGCUACCUCGUCUUCAGCACCAUCGGCAUCCCCAACGUCGAGCGCUGGGGCCGCCGCAAGAUGAUGAUGUACGCCGCCGCCGGCCAGUGCUUGUGCUAUGCCUGUAUUACCUUGUGCCUGCGCUACUCGGAGCCUCAGUUUUCUACGUCGCGUCAGUGGGCUUCGGCCUCUAUCGCGUUCUUCUUCCUGUAUUAUGUCUUCUUCGGCAUCGGCUGGCAGGGCGUACCCUGGCUUUAUCCCACGGAAUGCAACAGCUUGAGCAUGCGCACGAAGGGUGCGGCGUUGGGUACGGCGACGAAUUGGAUCUUCAACUUCAUGGUCGUCGAGAUCACGCCUCCGGGCAUCGCAUCGCUGGGCUGGCAGUUCUACAUCAUCUGGACUGUCUUCAAUGGAGCCUUUGUGCCCAUUGUUUACAUGUUCUACCCCGAGACGGCCGGCCGCUCACUCGAGGACAUGGACCGCCUCUUUAUCGAAAACCACGACAUCUUCGUCUUCCGCGACAAGGAUGCCAUCUCCGCUAAGCGUCCCGAGAAAUAUAUCCAACAUGAGAAGGAGGAGGUGAGGCGCCACAGCAGCAUCAAGCCCGAGGACAUCACGGGUGCCGUCGAGGCGCACAAGAGAGAAGUGCUGGAGGGGAAGAGCGUCGACGAGAAGAUGGAGGUUGCGUGA